AUGGUAUGCCCCGCUCUCACAUUAAACUUACUACACCACAAACUAAUCGUCAAAGGUAUUCAUCAGACCAACACACCAUGGGCUGACGGCGUCCCUGGCCUAUCGCAGCGCCCCAUUCAGCCUGGAGCCAGCUUCAAGUAUAAGUGGUAUGCCGACCAAUAUGGAAGCUACUUCUACCAUGCUCAUAGCCGUGGUCAAAUCGACGAUGGCGCUUACGGUCCCAUUUAUAUCAAGCCCAAAGCUGGAGCUGAGAAGCCUUUCCACCUGAUCAACCCUGCCGAGGUUGAUAUGCUCGCAGAGGCUGAAGCUAACGUCGCGCCCUUGAUACUGUCCGACUGGCGUCACCGCACCUCUGAUGAGACUUGGCGUGACCAGCUGGCUUCUGGCCUUGAGAGUGCUAUCUGCAUGGACUCCUUGCUUGUUAAUGGCAAGGGCUCUGUUGAUUGCUGGUCACGCGAAGAGAUUGAUGCUUUCACCAACCCGGGUAUCGCACCACUCUUGAAGGCCAAUGGCCUCAAAUUUACCAAUAAGGGAUGCCUACCACCUAAGAUGUUCCAGAUCUUACUUGGCAAUAGCACGACUAUCAAUCCGGGUGCUCUACCUCCGGGGGUUUUCGAAAUAUGCUCACCUACGCAAGGUCCGCGCGAGGUAAUCAAAGCACCACACGACAAGAAGUGGCUGGCACUUGAUAUCAUGUCAACGGCCGGGAUUGACACAUUCGCUUUCAGCAUUGAUGAACACCCGCUAUGGGUGUACGCAGUCGAUUCCCAUUACAUCGAGCCUCUCAAAGUUGACGUGCUUACGGUUGCUAACGGUGAUCGCUAUUCGGUCUUCAUCGAGCUCAAUAAAGCAGUCGGGAAUUAUGGUAUACGCGUCGCAUCUCUAUCUCUCAUUCAGCUUAUCGACACUACUGCUAUAUUCUCCUACGACGGAGACUAUGGCCACAGCUAUGGUCCCUACAAAAAUAACACCAACGUGGACGUCGUCACAUCAAAACCUUACGCCAACCAAGCGGGCCAACCCACUUCCGAAGAUGUUGUCGUUUUCAAUCAAGCAAAGAUUGUUUCUUUUCCCCCACAGUACCCCACCAUCGCCCCCGAAAUUGCUCAAACAUUCUUCAUGACUAUGGGAAAUGUCGGCAACUCCUACACUUGGGCAUUGAACAGUACACCGUUCAACCACCCUGCACUCGACGACAGCAACCCACCAUUGCUCUACCAGACACCAAACGCCCAUAACCCGGGCGGUAACAUCACCAUCGCGACAAAGAACAAUACGUGGGUUGACCUGAUCUUCCUUGUCCCCGGGGCCAACCAACCCCCACACCCAAUCCACAAGCACUCCAAUCGCGCAUUCAUAAUCGGCAGUGGCAUAGGUCGUUUUAACUGGACUUCUGUUGCUGAGGCUGCAAAGGUGGUUCCGCAGAACUUCAACUUCGUCACUCCGCCAUAUAGAGACGGGUUCGUCACGCCGCCUUCCGCUGUGGAACCUAUGUGGUUAGCAGUGAGGUAUCACGUUGUCAAUCCAGGCGCAUUCAUGCUUCAUUGUCAUAUUCAGAGUCAUUUGAAUGGCGGUAUGGCGAUGGUUUUGUUGGAUGGGGUGGACGAGUGGCCUGAGGUACCCGAGGACUGUAAGAACUAA